GAGGAUAUCUAGUUUACACUAUUCUGUUUGAGGAAACGUAAACAUGAGAAAAUGUCAAAGAAUCAGUUUCACGAUGUUUAUGCCUACGCAAGAGAGAGUUCUCAGUCCUCAAAUUACUAUGAAAAUAACAAGUUUGGCACUUGCCAACCAGACAUGGUCGCCAAUGUGAAGCACAGACCAAGGCAGAAUGAAGAUUCGCUCACAACAGUAAAAUCAUCCAAGUCACCACAUUUCAACAAGCUGAUUGUUGCUGUUAUCGUUUCUGGUGUUCUUAUCACGGGUGCAAUCGUUGCCGUUACAGUGAAAGUGAGUAAGGUGAUGGCGAUCAGAACCCAGAACAUCUCCAAGGAACAACAAAACCAACGGCUCCAACAGCACCAAUCACAUCAUCAACGGCUACAAAGGCAACCACGACAACCUCAAAUACGUCUCUUUAUGGGGAGUGGACCACGUGGGCUGGAUGGGGAAAUUGUGAACAAACUUGUGGAGGAGGUACUCAGAUUCGCACGAGAACGUGUUCGAAAUCGCACAGUGAUGACCUGGACUGCGUCGGAUCGUCAUCACAACAGCAAACAUGCUCAACUUGGGACUGCCCUGGUAAACCUACUUGACUGCAGUCGGGUCUGUACAUCUGGAACCCUGAGUCAAGACUGCACUAUUUGUGAGUGCUCGAACAUUAUUGAGGGACGGGUAAUUGUUAACUCGUCAGGCGAUCCUAUCAGCAACGCAAACAUAUAUUCGGCGUCUGCACCAACAAAUCUUCUUACAACGAGCGAUUCAAUAGGAUUCUUCACCCUGAACACAACUUGUGACGAUUCAGAAGUUUAUGUGACGCGCGAGGGCUUCCAAGAUGUAACAACAGUAUUAUCAACCACAAAUACAGACGUAGUAAUGGACGUGGAAGUUCUUCCGUACUUAAUCCAAGAACCAAAACCAAGACAGCGACUUAUUGGCGAAAACUUCACUCUUUGUUGUUUGGCAACUGGAAAGCCACCGAUAUCAUAUUACGAAUGGUUUAGAGACUCGUUAUUUUUGGAUCCAAGUUUGUAUCCGGACGGAAGAGAGUUGUCUCUGCAAAAUUUGGAAUCCAUGGACAGCGGUGUUUACACAUGCCGAGCAAAUAGUCCAGUAGGGUCUGUAAUGUCACCAGAAGCUAAACUAACUGUUGAAGAGACACCAGAUGCAUUUUGUGCUGAUGCUUUUCAAAGCAAGACGUUCGCUUUACCUGAUGAUUGUGUCCAGUCUUUAACCAACAGCGCGGCCUAUGAAGUUGGUGACUGUGUGGCAACAAAAUGUCGGGGAUACAAUGACUUAAACUCGGACCUAAAAUGUGGAAAAGAUGCGGUUUCUUGUUGCACUGUUGGCGAAAUGAAAUUUGAAACUGUCCAAUGUUCCGACUAUGAAUUACAGGUUUUGGUGGUAAAGUCCUGUGUUUGCGGAUAUUGCGCAACGAGUUCAUUGAAAAUAACUGGCACUGUUCUUUCGUUUGAUGACAACGAGGCCAUUAAAUACUCCGAAAUAUACGUUAACAAUAAUUACGAAACCUUUACCAAUAGUUUAGGUAAUUUUUACCUGACACUGUCGGAACAAACGGAUCGAGUUACGAUUAGCGUUUACGAUAAUUUCAUUCAACAAUAUCUCCCGGCAGUGAAUGGUUAUUACUUUACCGAAGAUAUGCAUGGAUCCCUCAGUGUCACCAUUCAGAUGGUAAAAAAACCGCACCCCAUUUAUCUAGAUUCAACAACGCCUAAUUCACUGACUGUUAACUGUAGAGGGAACACCGUCAGUAGAAUUAGCACUACCUGCAAACUCGUUUUAUUAUCCUAAUGGUACGCAAUUCAAUGGAACAGUGUCUGCUCUUUUCAAAUACUUCAAUCCAACCAACGAUUCUGAUUUAGACACUAUGCCAGGGGAGUUUAGGUACGUUGAUGAAGAAGGUCAAACUGGUGAAUUGGAUUCUCUCGGUAUAUUUAGCCUUGAAUUUAACGAUGAAAGCGGAAACAAUGUGAUUGUCAAUAAAGUUAUUGAUGUGUAUAUACCAUCCGAACUUGAAGCUAAUGGUACAUUUGAGCUCUGAAAUCUGAAUUUAGAGUCCGGAGGUUGGGAUGUAUUAUCAACGGGUACGAGUCAACGAAGAAGGAAAAAGCGAGGCUGGUCUCCGAUAUUGGUGGGCGAAAUUGACAGUAGUCGCUUAAGAUCAAAGUUCAUAAAUAUUGAUCGACGGCGUAGGCGAUCGGACACAUGCUACGUGAAAUCUAGAAUCUAUAAGGAACCCGAUUUUCUUGAAAACGAGAUAGACACUAAACGAUAUGCAACUAUACAGACAAACAUUGUUGAAGGAAGUGUUCUGUUGCGCUUCUAUGACGGUUUUCGAUAUCCAGAAUCGUUUUGUCACACAACGCUAUGUCCUGAUCUUGACGGGUAUGUUGCGAUUAAGUAUUUCGAGCAAUCUGGGUACGAAUAUCUUUUCGCGGGAAAGCCAUUAGUUUCAUCAAGCAAUCUGAAUUAUUCAAUCCUAAAUGGUUUUACCAAAGACGUGAGCGUUUUAAAAAUACGUCAUAAAUCAACCACGAGUGGUCCAUUUUAUGACGACUUAAAAACGUGUGAGGCAUCUAAUAUUAACCAGUCACAUCUGCGUUUCUUCCACAAGGAAUUGGAUAAGGUGUUUAUCACAAAUCCAAUAUACAACCCCCCACAACCCAUAAAACCAGAUCUAAAACAUAUAGAAUUGAGCCAGCUGACCUGGUAUCCAAAAGAUAGUGGAGGAGAAGGAUACGCAGCUUGCUUCUUCAAAAUAAGAAUUGAAUUCGAUUCAACGGGAUCUGUGUCAGAAUCCAUGAAACUUCAACUUAAGAGCAUAGCCGGAACAAGAGAUUCGAUACAAGGAAAAUUGUAUGGGAUAACGCAAAGGCGAAUCGGUCGAGAGAAAAGGAGCCAGUCCAUAUGUUUAGAGUAUAAAUGUAGCGGAGUAAACGAUCCUAUUUACGAACCAGGUGUAGACUACACUAAAGUCAACGUUAAGUUCUCAUACCCCGUAAGUGAAACGACCUGUCAAAUUUCGCAAGAAUCAAGUUCGUUGGUUUCCUCUACAUCGCCUGGCGGAAACACUGCCCAAGUUGGAAACCAAGGUGGCUCUUACGAAUUCCUUGCACCAAGUGACACGCAUAUGGGCAUGGGGCUGUACAGGAUUACAUCGGAUGAUCUAGAUUUAAACAAAGCACAGAAAAACGCUCUUCAGGAAUGUCGAGCUGGGGCAAAAAAUUCUGAUGACACUGAUGAACUUGCAGGUGUCGGCAUAACAAUUUCUUGCACAUUAAACGAGAGUUUGUGCGAGACAACCGAUAGUGUCACUCUAGCCCCUGGUGGAAUUUCAAUAAAACCUAUAUUCGGUCCCCUACUCGAAACAUGCAUAAAAAAUGGGUCAAGGGUAGUUCGAGGAGAAAACUGGAUAUGGAACGAUCAGGACCUAAAUGGACGAGGAACGGUAGACGCAGUUGGUUUCUGGGAUGAAGAAUACAUGUUCCCCUGGGUAGAAGUUACGUGGGAUCUUGAUAAUCACACAAAUUAUUAUAGAAAUGGUAACGGAAAAUAUGACUUGUAUAUAAUAAUUGAGUGAUGUACAUAUAUUUAGUUCAAAGGUUACUCUUGGCUAUAUAGUGUUUGGUUUGUUUUAUAUCAUUUUCUGUUAUAAAUAUUCUUAUAAUCAUGAUGAUUGCUAAAUUUAUUCUUGUAUUCUCAUGCAUAAUGGCUCUCAUAUAAUGACUUUUUACUAAACAAAAUAUUUUGUGAUGUACAAAAAAAAAUCAUAUUUUACUGAAUGUUAACAUAACUCUUGUCCAUCUAUUUCUUUAAUUUGAAUGUGAUAUAUAUAUAUAUAUGUCUCAUCUUGUCUAAUACAUAGCUUAGAUGUCCUGUAAAUGCACACGAGCCUAAUCUUAUUGUCUUAACAUUUCUAUCUUUUGUACAUCUGCUAAACAUUUAACAUUAUGUUGAUAAUAGUCAGACAAAAAAGUGUUUAUGUGUAUUGUAUGUGUAAAUAAAUAUCACCUUGUCUUGCUCACUGUUGAAACCAUCAUGGUAUAUUUUAUCCAACACUCUGAUGUGGACAUCUAAAAAACUUUUAGCAAAUGUGCUAAUGACAAGACUCAAAACUCCAAAUUUUCAUUUUAGUCUACAAAUUUAUAGGAGGAGCAGUAAUGGUUAAACUGGCAAUAUAUAUAUAUACUGCACAUACAAUGUUUAACAGAUAUGAACACAUUUUCUGUUAAAAAUAACGAUAUUCAAGAUAGUUUAUGACAUACAGGAAUUCACUCUUCUGAGUCGGAGUCUCAAAUUCAGACUGACAACAUAUGAAUAUUGAACCUAAUGUGUCAUGGCUGCAAACAAUAAAGAUAAAAAGGAGAAAAUAAAAACGUGGAUGAUUUAGGGCACAAGAAGGACAACACAAGCGCACAUACUGUGUCAUACUCUGUGUCAUACUCGUAUAUGAAGUGUUUUGCAACAUGUUUAAAGUUUUUGACAUAUCAGUGGCAAUCAUUUUUUGGAAAGAGGACAUCUCUGAUAAUUCCAGUGGUAAUAAACAGCGCAAA